AACGCAGAAGAAGAGCUGAAAAUACCAAAUUGAUUAGGCGGCAAGGCAAAUAGAACAAAAUGUGGAAAUUAAACCUAUAUUAAUUGCAGAUAUUACAAAAAAAGAAUUCCAAAUUAUUUACACAAUCUGUAUGUAUUUCAUUUUAUAUUUCUUAGUAUAUUUAUAAUAAUACUAAUAAUCUGAAAUAUUGUUUGUUUGUUAUUUAUUUUGUUUUGUUUUGGUUAUUAUUGAAAAAUGAAUGAAGAAACAAGCUUAAAGUUUAAUAAUAAACUUAAAAAAAGAGCAAAGUUAUCAUUAAAUGAAAACUCAGGAGGGUUUAAGAAAAAGGGGUUUAGAGGGAAACUUAGUAGAGGUGAAAUCACAACUGUUAGGAGAAGAAAAGAUAAUAAGAAUGUCGAUGACGGUGACGAGAGACCGAACGAUAACAUCGGCGGGUAUAAUAAGUUUAGAAAGACGGAUAAUCGGGGAAAAGGGUUGAAGUUGAAAGAAAGGGAACAAGGGUAUGGGAAUGAGAGGAAGGGUUUUGAGGGGACGAGGAAGAGGGUUUAUGGCGGAAAGGGGUUAUCUCGAGAGGGCGGUGAAGAACGAAGGGGGGUGCGCGGUGAUAAAAAACAAGGGUGGGAAGCCGUGUUGAAAAAUAGAGGGUUUGAUGGGCGGGGAGCGAGGGAUGGAGGACGAGGUAGAAGGAAUGAUGGCGGAAACGGUGAGAGGAGAGUGUUCAAUGGAAGAAUGGAUGGUGGAAAUGGUGAGAAGAGGGUAUUUGGUAGAAGGGAAUCGAGGGAUGAAGGAGGUGAUAGACAAAUGACUUCUAGGAAUGGCGAGAAAAGAACGUUUGAUAGGAGGGAAUUGAGGGAUGGAGGAGGUGACAGAAGAAAGUGUAUCGAAAAUAAUGAGAAUAAACGUGGUUUUUUGAUGAAGGAUAGUGAAGAAAAAUAUGAGAAUAGUAAACAGUUAGGAAGUCCUGCAGAGGAUCGUGAAUUUGGAAAGAAGAAAUUUCAGAACAAGUUGAGUGUGGAUGAUGAGUCAUUGGCAACGUUUGGUCGGCCAAAGAGGAAGAGGAGAUUGUUUCGGAUAGCGUAUCGAAAUGACCCUGCCAAUAAGCGGUUUGAUGAUAACCUGCCUCAAAUUGAAAGUACCACCGAGAAAAACGAAGAUUCAGAUACAGAAGAAAAGGCCGAGAUGUCCCAAAAUGCACAGUUCCGGGCUAUACAACCAGGCCCCUUACUAACAUCAUUUGUGAAUGAAAAUUUAUUGGGUCGCAGACGUGAAAUUGAGUUCAAAAAGGCGGGAUACAAUCUCGAACUUUCUUCCCCUUUAGAUAAUAUUCCAUUCUCCACGAGCUCAGAACGAGAGCGAAUCGAAGAAUCAGUUUUCAGGAAUAAACUUGAUUUUUUCGCUGCUGCAAAAGUGUCUUCUUCUUUUCCACCUCAUGAUCUUCCAGAAAUUGCAUUUGCAGGUAGGUCAAACGUUGGCAAAUCCUCUUUGCUAAACUCACUAACCAGACAAUGGGGUGUUGUACGAACAUCAGAUAAGCCGGGUCUCACUCAGACUAUUAACUUUUUCAACCUUGGAUCAAAGCUAUGUUUAGUUGAUUUACCCGGGUAUGGUUUUGCUUUUGCAAAAGACGAAGUCAAGGAAAACUGGGAAGAACUUGUGAAAGAGUAUGUUUCCACUCGUGAAGGCCUAAAACGGGUAUGUCUUCUAAUUGACACAAAGUGGGGUAUGAAGGCGAGGGAUCAUGAACUCGUUGAUUUAAUGGAAAGGUCUAAAACCAAAUACCAGAUAGUACUGACAAAAACUGAUUUAUCGUUCCCCAUUGAUGUGGCCAGGCGUGCAAUGCAAAUUGAGGAGACCCUUAAAACGAAGAAAUCUGCUGUUCAGCCUUUGAUGAUGGUUAGCUCUAAAACCGGAGCUGGGAUUAGAACUUUAAGAACAGUGCUUUCUAAUAUAUCUCGAUUCGCACGAGUCUAGCGGUAUAUCUUAAAAUCUAUCUUAGUUUACAUAUUACUGCUACAAUUUCAUAUCAGCCCCACGGAUUCUUCAGAAUCUGACCUUGACUGCCCCAAUGGUUUGAUGUUAUUAGGAAGUUUGACUUAUAAAGUCAAAGUUAUCAGUUUUUGUAAUAACAUCUAAACUGAUUGGUGUAAUGUCUAUUGUAAUAAUAUAUUAGAUAGUUGCGUCAGAGUUUUUUUUAUAAUUACAAGUAGUGGAUGUUAGUUUUAUGAUAAGAUGCAUAGCACUCUUGAAUUUGGAAUGCUGAUGUGUUUGAGCUUGAAAGUCA